AUGAAGGAGGAGAGGAGGAAGACUUCCUCGAAAGAAGACACAGCCAUUCCUUCGCUAUUUUCACUCUUCGGCCUACUCCUUUUUUCCCAGGCAGUGGCCGGCGUCAACAUCACCAGUCAGGCUCAUCUGGUCCGAGGCACGUUGGGUGGAGAGGCCCUCCUCUCCGUCAGCUACACCAGCACCAGCUCCGACCAACCGGUCAUCAAGUGGCAGCUGAAGAGGGACAAGCAGCAGCCCAUCACCGUAGUCCAGUCCAUAGGCACCAGCAUCAUCGGGAACCUGCGGCCCGAGUACAGGGACCGCAUCAUGGUGUUUGAGAACGGCACCUUGCUCCUCCACAACCUGCAGCUGUCUGACGAGGGGGCCUAUGAAGUGGAGAUCUCCAUCACGGACGAUCCCUUCACCGCGGAGCGCAACAUCAACCUCACCGUAGAUGUACCUGUGUCCAGACCCUUCGUCCAAAUGAUAGCCUCCUCUGUGCUGGAGUUGAGUGAACGCUUCACCUUACACUGUUCCCACGGCGACGGCACCAAACCCGCCUAUGGCUGGCUGAAAGGGGGAAAGGUGCUGACCAAUGACUCGCGCUUGCUCCUGUCACACGACAUGAAGUAUCUGACCAUCGCCCGGGUGCUGAUGUCAGACGAUGACAUCUACAGCUGUACGGUGGAGAACCCAAUCAGCAGCAUGAGGAGUGUGCCUGUCAAACUCACCGUCUACAGACGGAGCUCCCUGUAUAUCAUCCUUUCCACCGGGGGCAUUUUCCUCCUCAUCACCCUGGUGACAGUGUGCGCCUGCUGGAAGCCCUCCAAAAAGAAGAGGCGGCGGGCUGCCACGGCAGCCAUGUUGCAGAGAUCUCCAGUGUAUGUAGAGAGGAGUGACAUCAGUCACGAGGUUGAUGUGGUGCCAAAAACAAUAGGACAGGGAAUACCUGGCCGUAGGAGCCCAAUGGCUCUUUACGUUGUCAAUGAAGAUGACAGUCUCAAAGGUGAGGACGAGUAUUCAGCCAACUCCAUCAGCCUCUCAGUCCUCGCCCCGCCCGGUUACCCCAGCCCCCUCCCACCGUCCUCCCACUCACCCGAGGCACCCACCCGGCCUGUCCGCAAAUAUCCCCAUACCCCUGUGCCUUCGCCCCCUGCCACCCCACUCAGGCCCCCUGGCCAGCCACCUGUCAUGCCCUCAGCUCCACCGCCUGGUUCACCUCCACAUGUCCAGAGCUCUGGGCAUAAACUUCGCCCUCCUGUGGGCAUCCCCACCAAUCGACAGACAGAGGAGCCCCCGGCCACCCCAGAGGCCGACGACCAGGAUUAA